CCUAGUGCCUGGUGAGGUAUUAUUUGAUCUGAGUAUAUGGCGCUCGACUACUGAUGUGACAGAUUGAGGAAUACGUGCUUCUGUAUGGAAACACGUCAUAUGGGGUCGGAUGCUAAGUGUAGGUAUGCACUUCGCUGUACACACGAAAUCUGCAGCUGUGAUAUCAACCCCACUGAUUCUCCUAAGUUACUGGCUGUAUGCCACUUCAGCAUAUGACAAGCAUCCGACGACGCCACUGGUUCCUAUCUUGUUCGGAUGUCACAUCAUGUCAAGGUCCAAUCGACCGAAACGAGGUUGCUUGCAACUGUGGCGUCAUGGCCGUUAACAAUGAUUGUGCUCCCCUCAGCUGGUAUUUAUAGGCUCCCGGAUCAACCCAGUUUGACCCUCCUGUUCCCAAGUUUUAUCAAUGAAGGUGGGCAUCAUCGGACUUUCAAUGAAAGACUCAUCUGCUCUCAAAAACGUCGAUAAUGGUCAACGCAUGGCACUGCUGAGUGGAACGAUAGCGGUGAUCAAUACUGCAAUCCUCGUGCAAAGCAUUCUUUCUAC